UGCGGCUCUCCUCGUCUCAAUAUAGCGCCCACUCCUCACAGUCGCCCCCUAUCGGCCGUUCUUCUCCGCUAUCCGUCCUCCGCGCGGCGCCACCGAGGGCUCUGAGUGCAAGGAGAGAGGGGAAGAGAGGUAGGAGAGCUCGGAGGCUUGCGGUAAUGGCUGGGAAGGGGGUGUUCGAGGAGAUCAUCGACGGGGACGUGUACAAGUACUACGCGGAUGGAGAGUGGAAGAAGUCGGCUUCGGGGAAGUCGGUCCCGAUCAUCAAUCCGACAACGAGGAAGACUCAGUACAAAGUUCAAGCAUGUACGCAGGAGGAAGUGAACAAGGUGAUGGAAGCUGCGAAGGCAGCGCAGAAGUCGUGGGCUCGGACGCCGCUGUGGAAGCGGGCGGAGCUCCUCCACAAGGCGGCGGCCAUCCUCAAAGAUCACAGGGCCUCCAUCGCGGAGUGCCUCGUCAAGGAGAUCGCCAAGCCUGCCAAAGACGCCGUCACUGAGGUGGUGAGAUCAGGGGAUCUGGUGUCUUAUACGGCGGAGGAGGGAGUUCGGAUACUAGGGGAGGGCAAGUUUUUAGUCUCGGAUAGUUUUCCCGGCAACGAGCGCACCAAAUACUGCCUCAGUUCUAAGAUCCCUCUUGGAGUCGUUUUGGCCAUUCCACCCUUCAACUAUCCUGUCAACUUAGCAGUCUCCAAAAUUGCUCCGGCACUAAUUGCCGGCAACUCCCUUGUGCUCAAGCCUCCCACGCAGGGUGCUGUGUCUGCUCUACAUAUGAUAUAUUGCUUUCACUUGGCUGGUUUCCCAAAAGGCCUGAUCAGUUGUGUCACAGGCAAAGGCUCAGAAAUUGGUGAUUUUCUGACAAUGCAUCCUGGGGUGAACUGUAUAAGCUUUACUGGUGGUGAUACCGGAAUUGCCAUUUCAAAGAAGGCAGGCAUGAUCCCUCUCCAGAUGGAACUUGGGGGGAAGGAUGCAUGCAUUGUGCUUGAAGAUGCUGAUCUUGAUUUGACUGCUGCAAAUAUAGUGAAAGGAGGUUUCUCAUACAGUGGUCAAAGAUGCACAGCUGUUAAGGUUGUCCUAGUUAUGGAAUCUGUAGCUGAUGCUCUUGUAGAUAAGGUGAAGGCUAAGGUGGCAAAACUCACAGUUGGUUCGCCAGAGGAGGAUUGUGAUAUCACUCCAGUUGUGACAGAAUCCUCUGCAAAUUUCAUUGAAGGGUUGGUUAUGGAUGCCAAAGAAAAAGGAGCCACAUUUUGCCAGGAGUACCGAAGAGAGGGAAACCUCAUCUGGCCAUUGCUGUUAGAUCAUGUCCGACCUGAUAUGAGGAUUGCUUGGGAAGAGCCCUUCGGACCAGUCUUGCCAGUGAUGAGGAUCAACUCUGUUGAAGAAGGUAUCCAUCACUGCAAUGCUAGCAAUUUUGGGCUCCAGGGAUGUGUUUUCACAAGGGACAUCAACAAAGCACUGAUGAUCAGUGAUGCUAUGGAAACAGGAACGGUACAGAUCAAUUCAGCACCAGCUCGUGGGCCUGACCAUUUCCCUUUCCAGGGCCUGAAGGACAGUGGCAUUGGAUCACAGGGAAUUACUAACAGUAUCAACAUGAUGACGAAAAUUAAGAGCACUGUUAUUAACUUACCAUCUCCAUCCUACACCAUGGGCUGAAAGACUAAAGUAGAUUGGUCCAUAUGUUAAAUAAGCACGACAGGAAUUUUAUGCCUCUCGGAUUUUAGUUCCAGUUACAUUUUGGUGUUAAUCGAUAAUAAAUAGCACCUUUUGGAUUUUUGUCUAGAUUGGCCUGCUCUAUAUCUACCUUUUGCAUUUAAGGAAAAUUACAUGGUUGUGAAGGCAGACUUUGCUAUAUUUCUUGACCUGAUGGUUAUAUGGAAUCAAUGAGAGCUGUUGCAUUGGUUGUAUUUCUUGUAAUGCGAGAACAUAUCAUCUCUGAAUGGAUGUCUGAGAUGAUAUUUUUGA